AUGGCUUACAACCCCGUGCCCGCGCCGUCCGCAGACCACUUGGCUCGCGGUUACGGGGCUGCUGACUUUGCGCCCGCCCCCGCUCACGCCAGCGAUCCCCAGCACCCCGGCCGUUUCAACGAGGAGUUUGACGACCCGGUCGGCGACGGCGACCUCCCCAACCGCUCGACUUCGCGCGCCUCCUCGCACACGCUGAACCAGGGCGGCGUCUCGCGCAGCGGCACCCUGAAAAAGAAGAACUCGCUGAACCGCAAGUCGAGUCUGAAGCGCAGCGGCAGUCGACGAAGCAUGGCCGCCGGGAGCAUCAAGGGCGUCGCUGUGCAGCACGAGGGCGACCUGCACAGCCCGAACAACUUCAACAGCGUCUUCCAUACACCCGUCCCCACACAAGGAACGCCCACGGACAUCUUGGCAAACAGGUUCCAGGCUUGGCGCAAGCUCCUUAAAGACCUCAUAACCUAUUUUAGGGAGGUGCAGAGCUCUUACGAACACAGGUCAAAGGCCUUGAUGAAGGUUUCCAACGUCAUCAACAACCUGAGCGCUCCCUCGGACUUUCUGACCGACGGCGGCCUGAACGACGCCACCAGGAUCUUGCGCGACUACCACAAACAGUCGGUCAUCGAGGCUAACAAGGCGCGCGACAUCGAGAACGACGUCAUUGCCCAGUUGAGCGGGCUGAGAAAUGAUCUUGGCAACAAGAUAAAAGAGAUAAAGGGUCUUUCCGGCGAUUUCAAGAACUCGGUCGAUAAGGAAAAGGAAAACACGCGCAAGGCCAUCGCCCAGCUCGGAGACGCUCUCGCUGCCGUCGAAGUUGACCCGCACGCUGCUUCUGGAAAGGGUGACCCGUUUGUUGUCAGAUUGGCCGUCGAUCGUCAGGUUGAGAAGCAAAUUGACGAAGAAAACUAUCUUCACAGGGCGUAUCUCAAUUUGGAAGGCUCAGGACGUGAGCUGGAGUCCAUCGUGGUUGGAGAGGUCCAAAAGGCCUACAAUGCGCUGGCCGGAAUUCUCAAGCGUGAUGCCGACGAGGCUUACAACGCCGUAGAAAGGCUGCGCGCCGGUCCCGUCUCCAUGCCAAAGGAUCUUGAGUGGUCGCAGUUUGUUCAGAAUGACCCUCAUUUUGUCAAUCCCAGGACGCCUCUCCGCAGGGUUGAAGAUAUUGAGUACCCGGGCAAGCACCACUCCGCAGCAGUUGAGAUCAGAGCAGGCAUGCUGGAACGCAAGAGCAAGUACCUGAAGAGCUACACUCCAGGCUGGUACGUGCUGUCGCCUACCCACCUGCACGAGUUCAAGUCAGCCGAUCGGAUAUACUCGCAACCCCCCGUCAUGUCACUCUAUCUGCCGGAGCAGAAGCUCGGCACGCACUCGCAACUCGGUUCCUCCUCGCAAAAGUUCAUCCUCAAAGGUCGCCAAGCAGGCUCGAUGCACCGUGGCCACACAUGGGUCUUCCGCGCCGAAUCUUACGACACGAUGCUCGCAUGGUACGAAGAUAUCAAAACUCUCACCGAAAAGACCGGUGAAGAACGCAACGCAUUCGUCCGAAACCACGCGCGCAGCGUCAGCGCUGGUAGUGCACGUUCGGUAAGCAGCGACGGCCUCGAGGACAACGAGGCGGAUGAGGUCCCGUACUCGGCCGCGGACUCGGUGACUUCAAAAGACCCGAAUCCAGCGCCGCGACCGCAACCAGGUGGGCGAUUUCCUUCGGAUCUCCAGGUCAACCAUCACUUACAAGCUCCACUUUCGCCAUCUAGUGGAAGCUCCGAAGCCGAUUUUGAUGAUUUGACAACGGCCGCCGGGGGACUCCAAGGGAACCAUUACCCCUACGAACCAGACCAUCACGCUAGUGUAUCGUCUCCGGUAGCUGCACAGCAGCAACAGCAGCAUGCCACGGCCGCGCCGUCGAACUACCCGCCGCAACAACAGUACGCCGAUCCACCAUACGCCGAGCCGCAAUACGCCGAACAGCGAUUCCCCGUGUCCCAACAGUCGUACUCCCCCGUCUCGCCGGUGAACGACGCGCAACAACAACAAUAUCCCGUUGCCCAUCAAAUGGACGGUGCGUACCAGCAGGCGUACCCAAUGGGCUCCGAACAGGUAUCUUCCAUCCAACCGCCUCCAGCCACGAGGCAUGAGCCUGACCUUCAACGGCACGACAGCAGAUACGGUAGCUGGAUGACGCCUGCUGCCGGAGGCGCCGCUGCAGGCAUAGUCGGCGCGGAGGCAUACCGCCACUAUAACCAGCAGCACGAGCACGAACGGCAGCCAGACGAGCUGGCGGAGCUGGCUGGCGUAGACAACGCGACCGAGCCAGCCCGCCAGGGCGCCUUUUCAAGCGCCAUCCCCAGCCAGCAAAACUCCUCGCUCGCUUACCCUGACAUGCCCGCCACCGCUGACGCCACGUCGAACCCCUCGAUGAUGAUGAACACUGCUGACGCGCCGGACUACGUGGCGCCUGCGCGCGCGACGGAAAGCCCGGCCGCCAUCUUUGCCAACGCGGCCGCUGCUAAUGCCAACGGCACGAGAGGAUUUCCGGAUGCUGACGCGCAUGCUGCUGUCAGUGGUGAUGCGAAAGCGAAUGCGCACGCGCAUCCGACGGGGGGGAUUUUCCCGGCUGUGCUGAGGCAUGAUACCGAUGUUAGUAUCAGCCAGCUGCAUGUGCCGGGGGAGUAUCCUCGCACACCGGGCACGAGCGGCUUGCCGCCGGUGUUGAAGGAGGGGUGA